AGAAUCAACAGUAUCCAUGGAAACACCCGUCCCGAAGAAUUGACAAUGGUUUGGGAAGUGUCUUGUAUCAUUUUUUAUGCUCUUGUCCUUUCUUCUUCUGCUUCUACAGUCAUUUUGAGUCCAUCUGGUAACAAUGCUACCUUCUGUUUGGGACAGACUGGGCACUUUACUUGUGAAGUGUCUGGGCCUGUUUUAUUUUGGGAAUAUACUGGUUAUGCUGGCGUUGGUUUUAGUACUGGUGCACUCACUACUCGUUUACUUGGUCCAGAUAUUGAAGUUGAACUUCUUUCCGUUUGUAGUGCACCAGAACCAUUUGUUCGUUCUAUGGCAACCGUGACUGUCACCAGUUCUAUUAAUGGGACACAACUUCUGUGUAGAAGCAGUGUAUAUCGAAUUGGCACCCCUAGUAAAGAAGUUGAUUUCUAUGUACUAAGUAAGUUACUUAAAUACACCCUCUGAUACUACAUUCACUGACCCUUCCAAAAUGACACAUCCUUUACAUAGACAGAACAAAAGAAGCCUCUUCCAAAUUUGAAUGCAUGUAGUUUAUCAAGCCCUAGUCUUGCCCUACACGUAGGGUGAGACUAAUCAAGCGUUGAGCCCUAACUCAUCUAUAGACCCCUUUUGGGGAGAUUCAGUUUGUGACAAGUAAAUAAAAAACAU